AUGAACUGUUGGGUGAAUUUCAAUCACUCGUCGGUGUCGAGGUAUUUCGAUGUGACGCCCACCACACCAGUCAGCGGUUCCAUCACUCCCUGCGAGUACUCGCCAUCAGCUCUUCAGGGCAUUAACCAACUCAUCGAUGAUGUCAUUUGUGGCAUCAGAAGAGGAAAUGUUCACUAUUUUAAUAUCUCAUGGGAUGGUGAGUCUCGUCCGCAUGAGAGCGAAGAGCUGUCGACAGCGCCAACCAUUUACACCCUUCCCGGCGAUUACAUCGAGAAGUUCGGCACAACUCUAUUGAACAGUUUGAAGACAUCCAUUGAAAACCAAUUGAAUCGGACGACCUUUGAAUACCCGGCUGAAGUGAUCUGUGAAUCUCAUUCACAUUUGUGUAACUUUAAGCAAAUCAUGAGUUCAAUCGGCGUUUCCCAGUCUAUAGACUCGGACUGCGCGCCACUCCUGCAGAUCCAGAAGCUCAUAGUGUCGGCCAACUCGGCCUCACGUCACGCGCCUAUUGUGGUGAUGGGGAGGGAAGGUGUGGGCAAAACGACACUCCUAUCUCAGGUGUUCACGUACUCCGCGGAAUGGCUGGUCGGCGGCGACGAAGUGAUCCGUAUUGUGCGACACAUCGGCCAAAGUCCCGGCUCGAGGUAUACGUCGGAACUGUUGCGCAAUCUAUGUCUUCAUAUAUCACUGGUGUUUGGCUUCGAGGCGCAGACGACUGUCAGCUACGAGCUGUCGGCGCUCUCCAUAUGGUUCCAGGAUUUGCUCAAAAUGAUCGAAACCACGGCCGAGAACUCGGACCUCAUCAUCCUCUUGGAUGACAUGCAUCUGUUGUGCUCAUCGCAGACCACAUCCCUGUUGGGAUGGAUGCCAUUCAACCUGCCGGCGAACGUCCACCUCAUCUGCUCCGUGGCCGAGACGGCCGAAGAGGUACUCUCGCUGUUGAGGUCUCGCAUAAGUGCCGAUAACUUCAUAAAACUCGCGCCCAUCUCGUCGGCCGCCAGUUUCGUGUCGACCCUUCAGUGCAAACUCCGCGACGAGAAGCACAGUCUGACUGUCCAUCAGUGGGCGAUCAUUAGGGAGCGCUUCUCCAACUCGUGGUUCAAUCAGAUCUACUCGUCGCCCCUUUACGCCAACCUCUUAUCGUCGACGCUGUUGUCGGACUGGGAGUCCUUCUACGAGCCCACCAUCGCCUCCAUACCCAGUGAUAUCAGCGGUGUUGUCGCCCAUACUAUCAGUGAUUUGGAGGAGCGCUUUGGGUCAUCGCUGGUCCGCAAGAUCUGUUCGUUUCUGUGUUGCACUCGCUAUGGUCUCCGAGAGGCCGAGAUCUUUGAUCUGGUCCUCAACGACGACUCGGCCGACGCCAACGCCAACACAUGGCUCGCCAUCAAAGAGAAGUUGAGUCCCCUUUGGAAGCGAUACUAUGUGUUGGGCCGAAGUUAUCUCAAUUGGAGGAACCAGUGCAUCAGUGACGCCCUACGGCACCGGUAUCUCAAAGAUCCCCAAAAACUCCAGUCCAUUCACCAGGAGUUGGCCAACGCUUUUCACUCGGCCUUCAAUGAGGCGUUGAAUGAGUCCAACGGUGUCUGCAAAGAGACGGAAGUGGUUCGCGAAGCCGACGAACUCUGGUAUCACUUCUUGAAGUGCGGCGAUCGCCACAAACUGAAAGAGACGGCUAUUUUGAACAUCGAUUUCCUGAUGACGAUCGUGAAGGGCAACUCCAUCAGCUACUUAAGGAGUAUACUGGAUAUCGUGAGGAGUCAGAUACUGGACUGGGAGAUAGAAGUGCUCUAUAAUAUGACUAAACAAUCCGUUCACGUCGUGUCGCAAGACGCCAAUCAAUUAGCGAUUGAGAUACUCCUGUGGCUCAAGCCAUUCACCACUAACGCCAGUGUCAGCUCCGACACGCCGGCGAUUAGCCAAAUCAAGCCCAAUGCCGUCGAGUCCGGGCUCACGCAACUGGUGAACGACACGUACAACUGGUGUAACCAUCUCAAGACCCCUAUAUUAAUACCAUCCAACUCGUGGCUCAACCUACCGAUGCCGCCGCAGGUAGCCAUGAUCACAUGCACCUGGAGUAGUAUUACUAGAGCCGUGUCCACACCCGACUCGCAGUAUCUGAUCGCCUGUGAGGCCAAAAUGAUACACUUUUACAACCUGCCGGCCAAGUCCAUCAUCAAGUCAUUUGAGGGUCAUCGCUCGACCAUAACAUGCCUUCAUUUGUCGGAUUCUGGCAAAUGGUUGGCCACUGGUAGCGAAGACACGAACGUUAAUCUCUGGGAAAUAGGCUUUGAUUACGAGAUAUCGUGUAAACUAAAGCACAGAUUAAAUCAUCACAUCGCGGGAGUACUAUGUGUUGUGAUCACCCACUCGGAGGACAUAAUACUGAGCGGCUCAGAGAUAGGGGCCGUGUGUGCGGUGAACGUGGACUCGGGUACUAUAGUGGCCCGACUCGAGCACCACAAAGGGAUGAUCACAUGCCUGGGCGUCAACAGCGGGGAUGACGUGUUCGUGACGGGCUCUACGGACUGCUCGGUCGCCGUCUGGAGUUUGGAGACCUUUUGCAUUCUCAAUGAGAUUACACUCAACAAACCCAUCCUUCAUAUGGACAUCUCGUUGGACUCAACCUUCCUAUUGCUCGCCUGUGAGGACAACUCAGUGCACGUGCGGGCGCUGACCACAGGCACCGACGUCCACUGCCUUAAGGGCCACUCGAUUGGCGCCGUCAUAUCGUACCUGCGGUUCGCCGAAGACAACUGUCGCUGUAUUCUGGGCUGCGGUGACGGAAAGCUCCACAUCUAUGACAUCCAUUCGGCGCGACUCAUACAGACGUUGGCGGCGCACACGGAGAUGAUCACAGCUAUACUCCCGCAGCCCAACGACCGGUUCCUCUUCACGUGCGGCGGCAAUAAGAUAGUCGUCUGGAAUUUCAUGCUCCGGAAGGUGGACAGGGAUGCCAUGGCGGCGGCAGCCGAGGUCUCGGCCCAGAAGGAGAACGAGAAGCCCCGGUCGAGGCCCUCGUCCCGCAAGAAGAAGAAAGUGGACAAUCAUAGAGAGCCCAUCACUUGUGUGGCCGUCUCGCGGGACGGGUGUCUCGCGGUGACGGGUAGUCGCGACUGUUUGGUAAAGAUAUGGCAGUUAAGCACCGGCGAGACGCACACCACUCUCGAGGGCCAUACCGGUGCCGUCACUUGUGUUGACUUCGCGCCGAACGGUUUGUUCGCAGUGUCGGGCUCUGAGGACAAGUCGUUGCGCGUGUGGGGACUCACGUUAGGCCUAAUUGUGUCGACGUUUAUUGAGCACCAAAACAGUAUAGUGACCGUCAAAGUGACCGCAGACUCCCGACGGAUUUUAUCUGUCGAUAGUAUGGGCGUACAUAUGGUAUGGCAGGCGGACAAUGGCUCACAACUGGUGGUCACAACCAAACCUAUUAAUAACGUCACUCUUCACGGAAAUACAGUGUUUGCCGUUUCGGGUAAAAACGACAACAGUGUCCGAUUUUGGUCGUCGUUUGAUUGCGAUAACGAGAAGAGCGUAUCGCACAGCGAGCCCAUCACGUGCUACACGUGCGCCUACGACGGCCAGACCAUCAUCACCGGCUCGCAGGACAUGUCGCUGAAAGUAUGGGAGGUGACGUCGGCCAAGCUGACCCAGGUGCUCGUGGGCCACGAGGGCAGCAUCUCGUGCGUGGCCACCGCCCCUCUCAACGCGAGUCUCGUAAUCAGCGGCUCACAGGACUGUAAUCUCAUCGUCUGGGAUAUGACCACCGGAUCGGAACAGUUCACACUAUCCGGUCAUAACGCGAACGUCAUGCAAGUGAAGCUCACUCUCGACGGCUCGUCAGCCGUGUCCGCCUCCGAGGACAACACGCUCCAGGUGUGGGACACGAAGGCGUCGGGAUGUCGUCUGGCAAUAAUCGAUAUGCACCACAACUUCCUCUCACUCUCAUUCUCGCUGAAUCUCAACGCGUUUGUCAUACACUUAGCAAACAAUCAGUUGCUUCCAAUCGUCCGCUACCACAACAAUCCCGGCAAAGACCUCAUCCUAGACCUGCCGCCCGGAACGCCCGCCGGUGAGGACAAACUACCGGCCGCCUGGAGGGGGAUCGUCCCGCGCGAUGGUCGGCAACGGGCGCUCCUCAGGGGUAACCUGAAGCGCGAGCAGUCGUUCGACAGCUUCUAUUGGGACCAUCUCUUGCAUCGCGGCCAGAGUGUCGACGACUUCCGCAAAAUCGCAUCCCUGUGCCCACAACAGGUCCAGUCGCCGAUGGGCUCGCGCGACAACAUUUGGGACGGGAGUCCCAUAUCAGGCGCCGGUUUCGCCGCUGACCGCACGCCCACCAUCCGACCCGCCAGAAUGAUCUCCAAACUCAUUGGUCCCAAGCAGAAGAUGCUGAAGAAGCAGCAAAGUAUGUUCGCCUGCUUCUCGGAGUUCACUAAUCCGGGCGCUAAUCCUAUCAUCAAAGCCCAGAGUCCACUAAUCAGCUCACAAGUCACCACCGAGUCAUCCAACGCGAAACUACCGACAAUUAAGUGUCUGCCGCCAUCGGUGCGACCAUUUCUGGGACAGGGAUUACAGGGUAGGUCCCGAUCUAUGGAGGAAACGGAUGCAAACAAUUCGGUUUCAAAGGAGUCGAAUCCAAACGAGAAUCUGAUUAAUGUUAAAGAGUCCGGUGUUUGUAUAGUUAUGUGACUUUUUAUAUUGAUUUUUGAUUGCAUUUUUAGUACUACUGACUGUUAUAUGAUAUAUAAAAAUGGGAAACCAGACGUUUUUGAUUUAAAUAAAUGCAUGAAAUUCAUUGCAUAAAUUGAUGCAAACAAUAAU